CUGGGAUAUAAAAGCAGUUACAAAAAGGGUGAGAGAAUGACUUUCCGCCACACCAAAUAUUCCGAGGCUAAUAAGCGUCGUGAGCGCGUGUUUCAUUGGAUCCGCAAAAACGCAAAAAAGGUAUUCCAGCUUGACCCAGCAAAGCUCGCCAAGGCAGAAACAAAUGGUUGGUAUAUGUCUGUUGAGGAUACCGAGCGCGCGCUCAACCACCCUGGCUCCAGUACACUUGCUUGCAAGUUAUAUGCUGAGUACCUCCUUGAGCGCCGGAAAGGUGAUUUUGUUUUGGGAGAGCACUACCACAACACACAGACCCUUGGCAAGAGUCAGAAACAUGCCGGCAGCAGCUCAACUGACUCCUUGCACCGCAAGUUCCAUUAUCUUUCCUUCGUCAACAGAAAGCGCGCCGAUGUCAAACUCGCAAAAUCUUUACAUGCAAAAUUUGAGCCAGAUCCGGUCCUAAUUCUUGGUAAUUGGACCCAGGCAUGGCCCGUCACCAUGAGCCAAUUCGUGGCAAGGGGCGGCGGGAGAUGCCAAUAGGUCAGGGAUUCACUGUCUAUUUGAUCGACGAGUAUUGUACUUCAACAUUUUGCCCGGUAUGUGAGAGCAGGAUCGAGAAAUUCCACAAAAUUGAUGAUCCUUGUCUGAAGAAUCCCAAGCGCAAGUACCACGUCGCAAUGGCAGCAGCAGCA